UUGCUGUUGUUUGUUUUUUUUUUGUUUCAUCAUCAUCAUUGACGAUGGUUCGUCAGUAGAAAUUUGUUUAUCAGACCAGAUCGGUAUCGUGGCCGUUAUCAGAUUAGAUUUCUUAUCAGUGCCGAUCCAGACACGUAGUCAAACGGUUCGACUUUGCCUCUUUCGCACCAUUCCCUGGAGAUACGGCAAUUGCCACGUUUGAGCAAAAUGUCUGUCCCACUUCCUGAGUCGGAUUCGGAGGACGAGCUGCCACCGGCCUGGGAGGAGCGCGCAACCAACGACGGGUUCGUAUACUACGUGAACCACCAUGAUAAGAGCACCCAGUGGACACAUCCGCGCACCGGGAAAAUGAAACGCGUGUCCGGAGAUCUGCCGCUCGGGUGGACGAAACAUGUGGAGGAAUCUACGGGUAAGAUUAUUUUUCUGGACGAGAAGACCCAGCGCAAGUCGUACACCGAUCCGAGAUUGGCCUUUGCCGUGGAGGAAUCUGCCCAGGUGGGUGAGCUACGACAGCGAUUUGAUAGCGGGACCAGUGCUCUACAGGUCCUGCACGGGCGUGACUUGAGCGGAAAAGUGGCGCUGAUUACGGGGUGUAACGCCGGGAUUGGGUUUGAGACGGCGCGGUCGUUGGCGUUGCACGGAUGUGAGAUUAUCUUUGCCUGUCGGAAUGAGACAGCGACCAAAGAAGCAAUUGAACGGAUUGUCAAGGAGAAGAGCACGGCUGGACAAAAGUGUUCUUUUGUUAAAUUAGAUUUGGCUUCUUUGGAGUCGACCCGGGAAUGCGCAGCCCAGGUCAAGUCUCGCUGGAAGCACCUGGACAUGCUUAUUCUGAACGCCGGAGUUUUUGCCUUGCCGUACAGCACUACCGAAGACGGAUUUGAAACAACAUUCCAAGUGUCGCAUUUGUCGCACUUCCUACUAACAACGCUACUCUCUGAAUUGCUGGACCACACCAGCCGGAUCGUGGUGGUUUCAUCCGAGUCACAUCGCUUCAGCAUGCUGACCAAACUGUCCGAGAGCGACCUCUCGCCGCCCCCGAACAAGUACUGGAGCAUGGUGGCCUACAACAACGCAAAACUGUUUAACGUCCUGUUUGCCGCUGAGCUGGCUCGCCGUUGGAAGACCCGCGGCAUAUCGGUAUUUUCACUGCAUCCGGGCAACAUGGUUUCGUCGCAGAUUGCCCGCAACUGGUGGUUCUACCGGGUGUUGUUUGCCCUGGUGCGUCCGUUUACCAAAUCGCUACAACAAGCUGCCAGCACAACAAUCUACUGCGCCACGGCUCACGAGCUCAACGGCCUGACCGGGCUGUACUUCAACAAUUGCUACGUGUGCGAACCUAGCGGAACGUCCAAGAGCAAACGCAUGCAGCAGAGCCUUUGGGAACUGAGCGAACAGUUGGUCGAGCGUGUCGCAAAAUGAAACCCAGGUAAUUGAUUACUUUAUUCGUAUUUAUUCAGUCUAUUCUAUAAAAUGGUACGCAUAA